AUGAAUGCUUCAACUCAGCCCCGGGCACGUCACCAUGUAACCGUCGAGGACGUACCCGAUGAAGACUUGGACGCAGGUGGGCUUCCUCGCUGCCCGUGGGUUGAGGACUACCCCGGACCUGCUGGCACACCGCUUGGGGGGGCAAAGACGCUUUUUGAAGAAUAUCGAGAUGUUCACAAGGAGGCUGGUAAGGGAAGGUGGGCGCCCUUCGAGAGCGAGGAAGAAUGGGAACUUGCCCAAUGGUUGCUCACGUCAGGGCUAAGUCAGCAGGCAAUCGACAAGUAUCUGAAGCUCGAUAUUACCCGUAAUCGAACUCAGCCGUCGUACAAGAGCAAGUAUCAUCUACUCAACAAGAUUGACGACCUACCGAGAGGUCAUGCCAACUGGUCAGUAGAGGUUUUCGAGGCGCAAGGGGACGAGGUCGACGAGGAAGGGAAGCCGAAGAAGGAGAUCGUUGAGCUGUGGAAACACGAUGUUGUUGACUGCGUGCGUGAGCUAAUCGGCAACCCACUAUUCCGAGACGCCCUCCGAUAUGCUCCCGAACAUGAGUAUGCCGAUGAUGAGGGUCACACGCGCAUAUAUAGCAACAUGUGGGGCGGAAAUUGGUGGUGGGGAGUCCAAACCAAACUUCCACCCAACGCCACAGUUGCGCCGUUAAUCCUUGCUUCAGACAAGACAACACUGUCUCGUAUGAGCGGGGACAAGACAGCAUGGCCUGUGUAUCUUACCCUGGGCAAUAUCGACAAGAACAUCCGGCGUCGGCCGUCAUCCCAUACCACCAUACUCCUCGGAUACCUGCCCGCCAUGAAGCUCGAGUGUUUCUCUGAGAAACGCCGGUCCCUCGAAGGAUACCGGCUCUUUCACAAGUGCAUGCGAUCCCUUCUUGAGCCACUCGUUGUUGCCGGCCGGGAUGGCGUCUUGAUGACCUGUGCAGACGGACGUCAGCGUCGUGUCUAUCCUAUCCUUGCUGCCUAUGUUGCCGACCACCCGGAGCAGUGUCUCAUCUCCGGGUGCACCGAAUCCUCCUGCCCAAAGUGUACCGUCGAACCGAAGGGGCGGGGUGAACCAAGCUAUCGCCCAUACAAGAACCCUGACGAUGUUGUCGCGAUCCUCAAGCAGGCCGCUAUGGGGCAGGUCAAGGCUAGUGAGCUCGACUCCAGAGGGUUGCGCACAAUCGAACCAUUUUGGGACAGCCUACCUCACUGUGAUAUCUUCACUGCGCUCACUCCCGAUAUAUUCCAUCAGUUGCACAAAGGACUGUUCAAAGAUCACCUGGUUAGCUGGGUCACGAAGUCCAUCGACGACGGCACAGAAGAGAUCGAUCACCGGUACAUGACCAUGGCAAAGCACCCUGAGCUGCGACACUUCAAGAAGGGAAUAUCGCUCGUUUGUCAGUGGACGGGGACGGAGUACAAGAAUAUGGAGAAGGUCUUCUUGGGCGUCAUCGCUGGCGCGGCAGACGAGCGUGUUACACUUACAGUACGGGCGGUUCUCGACUUCAUUUACUAUGCCCACUUUGAGACGCACACUGUCACGGACGCUGGACAGACGCCCCUUUUUGCCGCCCAUUCCCCUCCCCUUGACGCCCACCUUCCAUUUUUGGACCAUUUCCUUUCCUAG